CGGUUCUAAAUUUAAACGACCUCGCCAUGCGCCCGCGCACUAUUCGCCGCGCAAAAAUCAAACGUAGCUCAUAUUAUAUUUUUCGAACUCGACCCUUUCGAUACCCGGUGUUAUCCCGGAGGAUAUCAUAUCCUGGACAUUCCCGAUGAAAAUGUUGAAGUGAUGUGAUUUUGAAUACGACAAAAUGAAGUUUACUAUUGACGUGCUCGGGGUGUUUUUGAAAAUUGUUAUUAGGGUGAACAAGGCUACCUUCGCACCACUAGUGGUAUCAACCCUCUUCAUACUUCUCACGUCCAUACUAGCGCACUGCGCGCGGCGCCUGGUGCAGACCAUAGUUAAGGACCCGUUCGUUCGAGUGUUGUUUGAGGAAGCGAUCGCUGCUGCAGAAUUAUGUGGUUGCUGUUUUGAACUUAUUGUUGUGGCAGACAACUUUGGUGUAGCGACCUAUGCAUUGUUUCUGUUUCUAUUGACAAUAUGGUGGUCAUUAAAUUGGGGGGAGGCGACGGCGUGCCCGUACACACAUAUUGAAGACAUUAUUGAAGGAAGGACGGACAUUCGUAAAGCAGUGCUGAAGACGUGGGCGGAGCUGGGCGGCGGAUUGUUGGUGUUCAAAUACGUUCAGAUGUACUGGGCUCUGGAGAUCUCUGACACGCACAAAGACAAGGCCAUUGAGGACUGCACGGCUGAUUUACAGGUGCCAGUGCUUUAUGGUGCCUUGGUGGAAGGUGUAGCGACUUGUAUCUGCAGAUUAGCGUCCAGGGCGUUGGGAGAUAUCAACCCACGUUUCGCCACUGCAAUCGACGCAUUUGUGGGCACCUCGUUGGUUGUCGCUGCAUUCGAUUAUUCCGGUGGAUAUUUUAAUCCAGUGCUGGCAACAUCGUUGAAAGCCGGCUGCCACGGCCACACGCUCACUGAGCAUGCAACAGUCUACUGGGCUGGAGCAUGUGCAGGGUCCAUCAUGUCCGUGUAUCUGUACAAACUGCCUGCAAUACAGCAAUUUGUCAGAGGAACGACUGAAACGGAGGUCAACGGAGAUAGCAUUUGGGCAGGAAAAGAAGAUUAAAAUUAUAUUUCCAAUCCGAUUCAUAUAUUGUAUGUCUUAAUUGGAAUAUCGAUGUAAAUACUAUUUUUUUAACGUCAAUAUGGGAUUGUUUUUUUUGUUAUCAGUACCUACGCGGGAAUAUAUUGCAAACGCUAAUUAAACAAAUAAA